AUUUAGUUGCAUAUAAUGCUCAGAGGCUCGACAGUUGGUCCCAAAUCAGCUGAUUAACCCCUUCAUCCAAGGCACGGUUCACAAUGCCGUGUUUUCCGUGCUUUAAACGGUCGGGAAAGGAAAAGUACACGCUGGGCGAAAAUAAGGAAAGUACGCCAUCUAAAACUCCACCCCAACAAUCGCAGGUAAAACAGCCGGCUGAACGGACACCCUCGCCUGAGAAAACAACGCCACCUGGUGAGAAUAAUCCACAAUCGACACCAGUCGUCAAGGAAUCCGUUCAGAAAUCCGAAAGAGUCCAAGUCGAGGCUUCGCCACGCGAGUUGUUCUUUUCUACGCAACCGUCGGAGCCGGUCCCGUUUCCCAAAAGGGAACCAGUUCAACUUCCCAAAAGGGAACCAGACCAAGAGUCGAAAAAGGAGCCUGUACAAGUCCCCCCAAAGGAUCCAGUUCAAGUUCCCCAAAAAGAAUCGGCCCAAGUUUCUAAAAAAGAUCCCUCUCCCGAAAAAGUUGUUUUCGUCACCUCAGAUAACCCAGACGAUUUGGACAGCCAAGCAGCCUUUGAAUUGGCGCUAUCGACACUUGCUAAAUUAUACGAGAUUCGUCCGGAAGAUUUGACGCCCGAAAUGUCGCAGGAAAUGGAACGAUUGGUCUCCCGUUUGGAGAAGGUUGCCGAUAGACUCGAGGCGACUGCUGCUGGUGGCGCCGGUGGUGCCAGUGCUGGGGGUGAUGCACUGCCUGUGUUCGUUGAUGAGUUUGAUGCUCAAAUCAUCAAUGGUGGCCUUGCCACGUUCCUGCAAGGAUCGAAAAAGAUUGGUGGAAGUGUUGCGGAAGUUGCUCCGAUGGUAGAGCGUGGUUACAAGGCCGUCAGGGAUCUCCUCGUCACUGCUUCCAAACAACAAAAACCAAAGGAUGCGGAUUUACAAAAGUUUCUGAAGCCACUCGUCGACAUCAUCACAGAGGUCCAGAAUUUCAGGGAGAAAAAUCGUAGAGACGCACAUUUCAAUCAUCUGAGUGCUGUGUCUGAAGGCAUCCCUGCCCUCGGAUGGGUUUCCGUGGCGCCAACCCCCGGACCAUACGUCCAGCAAAUGGAGGAGUCCAGUCAGUUUUAUACGAAUAAGGUGCUGAAGGAAUUCAGAGAAUCGGACCCCAAACAAGCGGACUGGGCCAAAAACUGGAUUAAAAUGCUGAAAGACCUUGCGGCCUAUAUCAAAGAAUUUCACAGGACGGGCCUCACAUGGAAUCCGAAGGGUGUCGUCUCGGCGGCACCAGCACCACCACCGCCCGGUGCCCCUGCACCACCACCACCACCGCCAGUCUUGCCACCAACAGACGGGCCGGCGCCAGCAUCGAAAGGUAGUGCAGGUGACGCGGCCAAGGCUGCACUGUUCAGCGAACUCAAUAAAGGAACUGAUGUCACAAAAGGCCUUAAGAAGGUGACUGACGAUAUGAAGACCCAUAAGAACCCUGGUCUGAGAUUGGGACCUGCGCCGUACCAGAAGCCCGUCACGGCACCCAAGCCGGGCUCGCCCAGGGCCGCACCUAAACCUGCUGCUUCUAAACCUCCAAAGCUGGCUCUCGAAGGCAAGAAAUGGCUCGUGGAACACCAAGAUAACCAAUCCAACCUGAUGAUAACCACAGGCGAGAUCCAGCAAACUGUCUACGUUUACAAGUGCACAAAUUCUACGCUUAAAAUAACUACUAAGAUCAACUCAAUUACCCUUGACAACUGUAAAAAGAUGGCGCUGGUUUUUGAAGAUGUUGUCUCUUGCGUUGACUUUGUCAACUGCCAGCGAAUCCAGGCCCAGGUUUUGGGAAAAUGCAGCCUCUUUAAUAUUGAUAAAACCGAUGGAUGUCAAGUCUUCUUGUCAAAGGACUCCAUCAACGCUGAGAUCGUCACCGCUAAGUCGUCUGAGAUGAAUAUUAUGGUGCCAAAGGACGAUGGAGACUUUGAUGAGUUCCCGCUGCCAGAGCAGUUCAAGUCGAAAUAUGACGGCAAGAAAGGAUUCAAAACAGAUUGCACAGAAUCUGUAUGAGCAUGCAAGACUUACCACCUGUCAUCCCUCAGGUGCAAUAAUGGGCUAGUCUGAUGUGUAGGAAAGUCACACAGAAUGGGCUGAUCCAUUGCAUGCUUAGGGGUGAUAGGUCAGCAACAUCAAGCGAUUGUGAUUGAGAUUUGUCUCGUCAGCGCCAAUUAUUCCAGUUAUUUAGAAAAAGUCUCCGAUCGGCAUUUUUAUCGACUUUGAGAAAACUUUUAGACAAUAAAGAGCUGAUCCAAAAAUAUAUUGAAUCAUGGCACCAACUGUACCAUUAGACGUACUUAUCAAGAAUGUGUUAACUAAUAUUUAGGUAACUUGUGUCCUGCUCAGGCAACUUAGAAAUGUAUAUGACUUGCUGGUGUAUAUAUAUACAAUUGAAAACAAAUUCUCUGCUUUUCCCUGUUUUCUCCAUUUGUUCCAAUCCGAGUGCUCACAUUUGCCAGAGUUGGUUACAAAUGGUGGUCUUGUCGAUAUUUUGCAACUACUCCUAACUUUCUAGGCAAAUUGUGCGCCUGCACUUGGCAGAUAGCGCAAAUCAGUCCUUCCGAGUUAAGAUACGACGUGUAUGAGAAGGAAUUUUGACAUUCAAAGUCGGUAAACUGUCAAUUUGAAAGUAAUAUAUAUAAUUAAUCUUCAAUUAGCAUGAAUUACUGGAUCUCAUUUUCAUUAAUAGACAAAAAACAUUUUGAAAAUUGGUUUCUUUGGCUUCUUUGGGUGACAGAACAAUGUCCCAUUUCUUGACUCCUGAAUUUCUUUUCGAGUAAAGCUUGUAUGCAAUCUUGGAUGAUAUCUAUCGCCUACCCACAGUCGGGUCUGAAGUGGUCUUAAAUCUUCCCGAAGGCAUGAGUAGUAAAGCACUUUCGUAACAAAACCACAUUAGAUCAGAUUGUAGUGUGUUACAAUAGUGUAAAUGAGUGCAUUGGAAUGAUGCCGCAGUGAGGAAAGAUCCGAUCGAAUUGGAGUAUGUGGUUUCAUAGCUUGUCAUGUAAACGACCCUAUAUCUAUAAUACACUAGAGACAUCUGGUAUUAAUAUAUGGAACUGAAUAUUGCUUCAAAUUUUGUAUGUAAGUACUGUUGACUUCAUUUUAGGAGCUCUCAAUAGAAGGGGUGGAUCCAGGAGCCAGAAAAAGAGGGGAACUGCGUUUUUCAUCAAAAUCCCUCGUGUGUUUCAAAAUUUUUGUGGUCAAUUUAAGAUUUUUCAUGAAUUGGGGAGAGGGGUGCAUCUGGUGUGCUCUCCCCCCUUGGAUCCACGCCUGAUUAGGAACCUUUAAGGAAAGCACUAACAGACUAUGUUGAGAGAAUGGUGGCUUGGCAGGUGACAUCGUCGUAGAAGAGGUGCCAUUUUGAAAGUCAAAAUCACGUCCAUGUCGAAAUUUGCCUCGCAAGACCUUUGUCAAAAUCAUUUUCAGCAAAAAAUAAGGCGAGCAAUUUUUUUGUUUUCAGUCAUCAGCACUACAGGCCCAGAAUUAUUUUCCCUUGAACAAGAAUAUUCUAUUAUGUGUCCAUUGUGUGAGGGAAAAUAAUUCUGGGCCACCAAGUCAUGCCUGUAGUGUGUUAUUUCUAGUGGCGGCGCAUGGUGAUUAGCAGUGGUAUUAUCUUCCUGGCCAGGCAAAUCCCACGCCAGAGUUGUCCCUUCAAAUGGUGAAAAUGUGCUUCUGAUUUUAUAUGAACUACUUGCAAAAUUUACAAAGUAUGUGCUAGAAAUUCAUGGAAAAAAUGAUGGCUUAACUUUCGCGCUUUUGUAAUGAUUUUGAAUUUUUUCUGUGAAUUUUUUUUCUCCGCUUUUUUCAAUUUCCUGGAGAAGUACACACAGAGCGAUCUGGUCUUCAGGAUCAUGUAACAACUAAACAAUUUACCCUGCAUGAUAGCAAGAUGGUCAAAAUAGUCUGCCAUUCCCCGAAUACUCACUUUCAUUAACAUAAUCAACUUACUAAAAACUACUUAUGCCAUAUACUAGUGCUAGUUUAUUGACCCUUUAAGCAUGGGGGGAUUUUCAGAAAAGAACUUUUUUUUCUCAUCUGUAAAUUGAAUCAUGAUGGAAAUGGUACCAUUAAAAGUGCUCAUUGAGAGCUUUCCAAUAAAUGGUUGUGUCAGUAUGUUUACUAAUGGUACCAUCGGAGUGUAUGUUAUACAGUAGAACCUCUCUAUUAAGGACCCCCCCUGGGACUGACAAGUGCUGUCCCUAAUAGAGAGGUGUCCUGAUUAGAGGUGUCAAAAUGAAUGGAAACAACUAAUUUGGGACCGAAACUAGUGUCCUUAUUGGAGAGGUUGUCCUUAAUAGAGAGGUGUCCGCUGAGGGAGGUUCCACUGUACUUAGUCAACACCUUUCCAACAUGUGGUCAUGUCAACAUGUUUACAGAUGGUACCAUUAGAGCGUACUUGUCAAGACCUUUCCAACAAAUGGUCAUGUCAGUAUGUUGUGACAAUUAACUCCUUACUUUCAGGGAAUCUUGAUGACAAACUGCCCUCUCAUUGCUCAUCAGAAGCCCUUAGAUAAAUGGUCAUGUCGAUCAAUUCACUAUUGGUAUCAUAAGAAAGACCUCAUCAAGAGCUAUCCAAUGAACAGCCAUGACAAUAGGUUUAUAUAUGGUACCAUUAGAAAAUGUUCACUGAGAGCUUUCCAAUAAUUGGUCAUGUCAGUUGGCAUUGUUCAUUAGGUUUAUGCUAUGGUAACAUUAGAAAGUACAAUGUACACGUCAGGAGCUUUUCUUAAUAUGGUCAAUUUGAUAGCCUUUAAUACAAAUGGUACCAUCAAAAAGAGCUCAACGAGAGCUUUUCUCACUGGGUUCUGAUAUCUGAUAAUAUAAUUUUGGGGCUAAUUUCUCUUUAUGCCUUGGUAAUGGAUAUCCCCUUCUGUUCUAAGUAAAGGGUCAGGUAACCUGCUAGUUUGAUUGCUUAGCUAUUAGCAUUAUUGCUACUUUUCUGUAUUAUGACUAAUGUAAUGAAUGAUGGGACAGGGAAACCAAAUUAUGUAUGAAAAUUUGCAAUAAAAUUUAUUAACAGUAUA